AUGCGUCUCCCCCACCUCCUCCCCAUCCUCACUGCUUCAACCACAGUAGCAAGCAUAUGCCCCUUCCUCGGUCCCGUCUUUCCGGCCCCCAAAUCCCUCUCCGCCAAAAAUCCGAUAUUCGCUACCCUUCGUUCAACUAUCGAAUCCGCACUUACAUCAGGAAACACUUCGCACGGGCCAGUCAAUGCCAACGACACAUACUCGAUCCAGAUCUUCUCGAGGUCGGAUAAGGGAGUGCCGCUGCUUGACUUCCACCACCGCGGUACGGACGUACAAGGAAACAGUACGGUGAAUGGAAAUUCAAUCUACAGAAUUGCUAGCACGACGAAACUUCUGACUGUGUAUUUGUUACUGCUGCAGGCGGGCGAUGCGAUACUCAACGAUCCGGUGGUGAAGUAUCUGCCUGAACUAAAGGGGAAGGGGGAGUGGGAUGACAUCACGGUUGGGGCUUUGGCGGGAUAUAUGGGGGGGAUUGUUGGCGAAGGUGAGUUUAAUGUUCGGCUAAGGAGCAAACAUCUGACCAUCGACGAAGUAUAUGAUACUGAUCUUCUCACUGGAGGAGGACUGGGUGCUGCGUUUCCCAACGUUUUCCCCGAGCUGAAGGAAGAUGAGAUGUCGCCCUGUGCGUACGGGAAAGAGGGUUGCACGAGGGAAGUUUUUCUCGAGCACUUGGUCACGCGCAAACAAGUCUUCUUGCCCAAUACUACGCCCGCAUACAACAACGCCGGUUUCGCCAUCCUCGGCCUACUCCUCGAAUCCCUCACCGGCCUUUCGUACGCAGACAGUCUCUCCAAACUUCUCGUUAUUCCACUCGAAUUAACUUCAACAACCGCAACAACACCACCAACAAUCAAUCGCGGCGUCAUCAUCACCUCCGAGACAGCAAGCGGCUGGGAUACCAUCAUCGAUGGCCCCAGCAUCGCCAUGGGCGCCGCAUUCUCCUCCGCAAACGACCUCUCCACCCUUGGCCGCGCCAUUCUCUCAUCCUCCCUCCUCCCCCCAAACACAACACGCGCCUGGCUCAAGCCCACAUCCCAUACGUCUUCGCUAAUCGGCGCAGUCGGGCAACCGUGGGAGAUUUUCCGCGCAAGUAUGGGCGAGAAUCGCGUAGUCGAUUUGUACACCAAGGGCGGGAAUUUUGGUGCCUACGGGGCGAAUUUCGUGCUUGUGCCGGAUUUCGAGGUCGGAUUUGUGGUGUUGAAAGCUGGAGCGAGGGGCCAGGUGCCCCGCAUCACACUCCAAGUCCAACUCCACCUCCACCAUCAAAAUCACCAGCACGCCUGGCACACCAGGUUUAACCGUCUCACACUGGGCCGUCAACGGAACUGAUGUCUUGCAGGACAUAUUCGGCUCACCCAAGCAUUUCCAGCUUUUCCCCACGAACGCUGAUGGUGGGUAUGGGGGGAUCAGCUCUUGGAGAGGGACCUAUAUCUCGCUGGAUGACGUUGGGGCGUUCUCGGCUUGUCCGUCGUGGUUUGGACUGGAUCGGCCGACGUAUGGGGUGUAUGCGCUUGAUGAGUUUGUGUUUAGACUGGAUGGGGGUGGGAGGGCUUGGGGGGUGGAGCUGUUGGCUUUUGGGGUUUUGCUGGGGAGGGAGUAGGGUGUUUGUGUAGUGGUUGUGAUUGAGAGGGGGAAGUGUGACCUGCAAAGUAGUGUGUUCAUGAGCGUUGGGGAGGCGGGUGCAGUAUAAUUGUUUGUGGGUUGAGUAGUGAGAAGCAUGAGUGUUACGACAGCACCAGUCGCCCGCAAAAUUCCUGUCCACACUCACCCAACAAGAAGAGGCUUAGGUAGCCUAGAUAUUCUUAAAACCUCCACAAAGAUAGAUAAGAA